CUCCCACCAGAAGCCAGUUAAGGUUACUUCUUGCUCUGCGCAUUUCCUCAUUAUUCCUGUAGUGCGUGUCCAGUUAUCCUCUCGACCUAAAGUCAAGAUGUUGUUUUCAGCAGCCACUUGGACUUUAGUGGCUCUCUUUCUCACUCUGCUAUUUCUGUAUAGCAUUUGGCCAUAUAGGUUUUUCAAAAAGCUGGGAAUAGCUGGACCAAGGCCUCUACCUUUCAUUGGGACAAUGCAUUACAACAGGAAGGGAUUCGAUUCUUUUGACCGUGAGUGCAACGACAAGUAUGGGGACGUCUGGGGGUUGUUUGAUGGACGAUCACCAGUCUUAAUGGUGGCAGACCCUGAGAUGAUUAAAACUGUGAUGGUGAAGGAGUGCUACUCUGUGUUUACCAACCGCAGGGAGAAUUUAAUUGUAGGACCUAUGGAUGAUGGAAUUACAGCAGUUAAAGAUGAAAGGUGGAAAAGACAGAGGAGCACCUUAUCCCCUUGCUUCACCAGUGGAAGACUCAAACAGGUUUUUCCCAUCGUCACUCGCUAUGCAGACCGACUCGCUAAAAAACUUGGACAAGCCAAUUUGGAGGAAUCCGUGGAUGUCAAACAAUUCGUUGGACCGUACAGUUUGGACGUUGUGACCAGUGCAUCUUUCAGUGUCGAGGCGAACUCCAUAGACAAUCCAGAUGAUCCAAUUAUUGUUCAUAUCAAGAAAGUAAUGAACUUCAGACUGUGGCCAUUUUUAUUAGCAAUGAUGUUGCCCUUUGGUACCCGCCUAUUAAAUCUCCUGAAAGUUGAAAUUUUCCCAAAACUCAGUAUGGAGUAUUUCUACAACCUCAUCAAGAAAUUUAAAGAUGAGCAUGGUGCAGAAGAACCUAAUCGACCAGACUUCCUGCAGGUGUUGCUUCAGAACGAGAUACCAGAAGCAGAUAUAAAGGAUGAACAAAAUCAGCCAAGUAAAGGUUUGACAGAACACGAGAUCCUUUCCCAGGCUUUCCUUUUCAUCUUUGGUGGCUAUGAGACCACCAGUGCCACUCUCAGUUACAUCCUUUUCAAUCUGGCCACCAACCCUGAGGUGCUGAAGACUUUGCAGGAAGAGAUCGAUGCCCGCCUCGCAAGAGAUGCUUCUCCUUCAUACGAGGAUGUGGCCAGUCUUCAGUACCUGGACCAGGUCAUUAAUGAGUCCAUGCGUUUGCAUCCCACCGCGCCUCGGCUUGAGAGGAUGUGCAAAAAAACUGUCCAGAUCCACGGGCUCACCGUGCCUGAAGGAACCCUGGUUGGGAUUCCUGUGGUAGUGUUGCACAAGGACCCACGCUUUUGGAGCUCACCUGAGCUUUUCAGACCAGAGAGGUUCAAUAAAGACGGCGGGGAGGAGGUGAACCCCUAUGCUUACAUGCCGUUUGGGCUCGGUCCUCGUAACUGCGUCGGGAUGCGCUACGCUCUCCUCACCAUGAAGGUGGUUCUUAUCCGUCUCCUGCAGAAUUACACUGUGGAAACGUGCAGAGACACCGUAAUUCCAUUGGCGUUUAACUGGCUGGGCCAGCCGCCGAAGCCAAUAAAACUCAAGUUUGUUCCCAGAGAACAGUAGUUUAAGAGAGAGCAUCUCUAAUUUCUAAUUUCUGAAUCCUUAUCAAUAUCUUGUUGUUGUUCGUACAUCAAGUGUUUAUACGACUAACACUCAUAUACUCAAAAUCUGACUCCUCUGCAAUGGAAACAUAUUCCUGAGAGACCUUUUUUGUACAGGGAAGAUUAAAAAAUGUACAUUUAAUUGAUCCAAGCACCAAUAUAGUUUAAAUAUCUAAUUUUGAAAUAGCUCAAACAGCCAUCAAUUUGUCAGUGUAGAUGAUUAUAUAUUCACAUUUAACUGUAUGUGCUUAAUGUAAUAAUAUUACAACCCGAUUAGAAGUUUCUGAUUUUUGGCAGUGGUAUUUAUCUCCCCCUAGUGGCUGAUUCAGCCUCACCAGGGACACACUGGGGACUUAAUUUACAUGAACUAUAUUUACUGAAUUAAUUAAAAAUUAACCAACUUUUUAUUGAGUUUUGUUUUGUCUUUUACUACUGCUUAUCUUGGAUUAUUUUGGAAGCCCAUUUUCAAUAAUGUGAAAAAAAAAAAAGAUCCUGCCUGUCUUGAAAACUAAAAACUAAAAAAAUGACGUAGUAUCUUGAAAUAUGAAACUUUCUCAAACUAAUUUAAUAUCUUUUGAGGUUUGUUAUUUUGAAAUACUAACUUAUUAUUGCAAGAUACAUUCACAUACACAUGAGAUACAUUCCUGUAAAGUCUUGAUUUUUUUAACAUUGCUAUUUUGGAAAACAUCCUUAUUUUACAGCAUUUUUUCACACCUGCCUAAAACUUUUGCACAGUAAUAUGUAUAUGUAGUUUGAAAAAUAUGUAUAUGUAAUUUGAAAAAUAUGUAUAUGUAAUUUGAAAGUAAAGGACUAUUUGAUUAAAAAGUAAAAAUAAAAAAGUAUCUUAACUCAGCA